AUGAUUCUCGCCGACGAAAUGGGUCUGGGCAAAACUUGUCAAGCAAUAACGUUUCUGGACAAAUUGUUCAGUGCCGGCAGAAAGUUCCUGAUUCUCGCUCCUCUAUCGGUUCAGUACCACUGGAAACAAGAGUUUGUUAACAGCCUGAUGCACCUAGACCGCCUGGCUGUUGAUUUGACCGACACUGAGGGACGUCAAGGCAUGACUGGUGCUUAUGAUGCAGCAGAUUUCGACACGGAAGAUUUCAGAAUCUUGGGCUAUUAUCGAGAUUAG